UUGAAAUCGUUAGUUUGGUGUGUGAGAGAAAGAGAAAGAGUAUUUCAGUGGCAGUCUCUCCUUGACUAUUGUGUCUUGGAAACACCACUCAAUAUUUUUCCAUUUCUAUUCUAUUCUUUUCUAUUCCAAUUUCUCUCUACACUUUCACACUCUUCUUCUUCUUCUAGGGUUCCCAAAUAAACCCCCCUUUCAAUUCCUUCACUGAAAGUUUCUCUUAUUACUGUUUGGAAAGUAAGAAAGUGAGUUAUGCUUGAGAAAUGGAUGGGGUAAAGAAUCCAAGUGAGAACGGGGAACACAAUCAGUUGGUGGUGGUUCCCAUGCAGGUGGAUGGGGUCCACUAUGUAAACGGAGCUUCAGGUUCUGAUGAAGGGGAAGAAACUCCACCCACUGCUUCUGCUCUGCACUCUCGAACCAGUGAACUCACCGUUUCUUUUGAAGGCGAGGUUUAUGUUUUCCCAGCGGUUACGCCAGAAAAGGUGCAGGCUGUAUUAUUACUCUUGGGGGGGCAGGAGAUGCCCAAUAGCGUCCCCACCUCUGACUUUUUGCUGCAGCAAAACUGUCAGGACAUUAGGGGAAUAAAUGAUCCUUCCCGAAGUUCAAAGCUUUCACGGAGAAUUGCGUCACUUGUUAGAUUUCGUGAAAAACGGAAAGAGAGAUGUUUUGAGAAGAAAAUUCGAUACACUUGUCGUAAAGAGGUUGCCCAGAGGAUGCAUCGUAAGAAUGGACAGUUUGCAUCAUUGAAAGAAGACUACAAAUCUCCUGCUGAAAACUGGGAUUCAAGCAACGGUACUCCUUGCCCAGAAUCUAUUGAACGGAGAUGCCAGCAUUGUGGAAUUAGUGAGAAGUCUACUCCAGCUAUGCGUCGAGGACCGGCUGGUCCAAGAUCUUUGUGCAAUGCCUGCGGGCUUAUGUGGGCAAAUAAGGGAACUCUGAGAGAUCUCAGCAAAGCAGGAAGGACUGCCUUUGAACAAAAUGAACUGGAUACUUCAGCUGAUAUAAAGCCUUCAACAACAGAACCAGAAAAUUCUUGUGCUGACCAAGACGAGGAGGGAAGCCCUGAGGAAACUAAGCCUGUGCCAAUAGAUUCCAGACAGUCUCCUGAGAGGACAAAUGAGCAGUAUGUUCUCGAAACUGCGGAAGCAGUUACUGACAACCUAUCCAUCCAAGUGGAGAAUCAUGCACUUAGUCUGCAUGAGCAGGAUACUCUUGAGGAUCUUGCUGAUGCUUCUGGGACCGAAUUUGAGAUUCCUGCAGGUUUUGAUGAGCAGGUUGAUAUUGAUGAUUCCAACAUGAGGACUUACUGGCUGUGAUGACAAUGACCUCCUGUUGACACACAUGGUUUGUUCACAAUGGAAACGAAUGUGCAGUGCUGGUUCAACUAACAUUGGACUUCCAGAAAUGGUUUUAUGUUUUAUAGACAAACUAUUUUUGGAAGCACUGUUAAUUAUAUAUGAUUGUAAACGUAUAAUUUUCUUACAUGAGAGUUUCUGUACAUCCCAUUGGGAUCAGAUUUGAUUUAUAUAAUGUGAAUAGUUCUGU